UAUGAGGACAGAAAAUUUGGCCUCUAACUUGGUAGUAUAUUAGUAGCAUAGGAUAGGAGGCCUCCAACAAUCAUCCAUAUAGUUUCGGUCUUGGCUUCUUCAAUUCCUAUGUUACAAUGCGAAUCCCAACAACAAAAUCAAAAUGGCUAACUCUGUUACAAAAUUGCACACCAGAGAAGCCCAACCAGUUCAACCAAAUCAUAUCCCACGCCAUUGUUUCCGGCGUGUUAGCAAACGACCCAUUCAUAUCAAGCCAAAUCCUACUCCACUCACUCCCUCACGGCCUCGAAUUUUCCCGCGCUAUUUUCUCUCAAAUCCAAAACCCAAAUGUCUUCGCCUGCAACUUCAUCUUCAAAGCCUACUCCAACAGCCCAACCCCUCGAGAAACCCUCUCGCUGUACAACCUCGUGCGACGUCGUUUCACACACGUCUUGCCGGACAAGUAUUCCUUCCCUUUUCUGUUCAAGGCCUGCGGUCGGGUUCAGCUCACUCGUAAAGGCCAAGAGCUUCACGCUUUGAGUUUCGCUCUCGGGGUUGAUGGGGAUGUUUUCGUUCAAAACGGGCUUAUUUCUAUGUACUCUGCGUGUGGGGAGCUUCAAUCUGCGUUCAAAGUCUUUGAAUUGAUUCCGGUUUUCGUUCGGGACGUGGUGUCAUGGAACAGCAUUGUUAGUGGGUGUUUACAGAGUCAUCGGAAUUGGGACGCACUCCAGGUGUUUGUGAAAAUGCUUGCGGAUGGUUCGGCCAGGCCUGAUGCGGUGGCUUUGGUCAAUGCUCUGAAUGCUUGUGCAAGGCUUGGUUCUGUUGAUUUGGGGAGGAAGAUUCAUGGGUUGGUGUUGAGAAAUGGAUUUGAUCUGGAUGUGUUCUUGGGUUCGUCUUUGGUUGAUAUGUAUGCAAAGUGCGGUGACAUGGAUGGUGCUCGAAGAGUUUUUGAUAGAAUGGGGAGAAGGAAUGUGGUGUCUUGGACUUGUAUGAUUGCUGGUUAUGUGCAGUCACAUUGGUUCAAGGAAGCGAUUGAGUUGUUCAGGGAGAUGCAGUUAGAUGGAGUUAAAGCAGACUCGGCAUUGGUUGCUUGUGUUGUAUCUGCGUGUGGGAAUGCGGGUGCAUUGGAUCAUGGAAGGUGGGUGCAUACCUACUGCGAGAGAAGUGGCAUUGAGAUGAACCUCUCGGUGAAGAACGCUUUGAUCGACAUGUAUUCAAAGUGCGGCGACAUUGAAAAGGCUCUCGAAAUUUUUUGUGACAUGAGCAUAAGAGAUGUUGUUACAUGGACUGCCAUGAUUAUUGGUCUUGCUAUGAAUGGGGAAUCUGAUAGAGCACUAGAAAUGUUUUCAGAAAUGGAAGGGACAGGUUAUGUUAGGCCAAAUGAGGUCACAUUCCUGGGGGUAUUGUCUGCGUGCAGUCAUGGAGGGUUUGUAAACAAGGGUUUGGGCUAUUUGGAAGCCAUGUCUGAAACAUAUAAGCUUACUCCUCGUGUUGAUCACUAUGGCUGUGUGAUUGAUCUUCUUGGUCGCGCUAAUCUGUUGAAUGAAGCUGCAAGGUUCAUUAGUGCUAUGCCUAUUCAACCUGACGUGGUUAUAUGGCGGUCUCUGCUUUUUGCUUGUAGGACAUAUCAGAACUUAGAGCUGGCAGAGUUUGUUGCAAGAAAGAUUGAGGAAUUGGAACCAAGAAAGGCCGAGUCGAGUGUUUUGUUAUCCCAUCUAUAUGCUUCAGCAUCAAGGUGGUUUGAUGUGAACAAGACGAGGAAACGUAUGCCUCUUCAGGGAAUCCAGAAGAAGCCUGGUUGCGCUCUCAUAGAAGUAGAUGGUCUUGUUCAUGAAUUCACUGUUGCCGAUUGUUCACAUUGUGAAAGAAGCUCUAUAUACGAGACACUUGGAGCAAUUAAUAGAGUUAUACAAUCUGAAAGAUUUUAUUAGAAAGCUUAGAUUCUGCAGUAAGCUUUGUUGAACUGUGCAGUGAGCAAACUAUUUCCAAACAACGUGAGCGAGAAUUGGAUCAGUUACAUCGGAAUCUUGUUCAUCUCAAACGAAUCAAUAGUUCAAAGCCAAGUCAUU